UUUCGCUGUGAAUGGACAUAUGCCCACAACCAACUCUUUUAUUUUAUUUGUUUAAACCAAAAACGUGAAAUGUUAAUAAAUGUGUGCCGACUUUGCGGCAGGAGCCGGCUGUGCCCCAAAGCCGUGGCGCUCUUCAAGCCCGGUAGACAGGAUGUUCUACGCCGCAUCCAACUUAUAACCGGAAUUCAUCUUCAGCAGAUUCCCAAUGCUCCGGAUAUGGUGUGUUUCUGCUGCCAAACCGAUCUGCAUUCGGCCAUGAUUUUCCGGAGGCAGUGCAUCCUGCAGCAGAAGAAAUGGGUGCCCCUACAGCAAGGUGAUGAAGUGGGGGCCAACGAGGAGGAGAAGGUAGCACCCAAUGAUUCCUCACCCAAGAAGAAAACGAACCAGCGGCGGAAGGGGCGAGCCAGGGUGCCACUGGAAAAAGUGGAUAUUGUCGUAAAGAACGAGAAUAAAGCUUCAGCGGAUGCACCAGUUGGUGAUGACGAAUUUGAUCAGCCGGUGGAGAUCUCCAAUGAGCCGGAGGCCACGGAUAGCGAUGUUAAGCUGGAGGAAGUCGAUCUUCCAGAUGAGUAUGGCUUGGAGUCGGAUCACGAGUUGCCCAAUGUUCAAAUCCACCAGUGCGCCACCUGUGGCAUUAUCAAAAACAAUAAGUCAUCUCUGGACAGGCACCAGUUUGAACACUCCGGACUAAGGCCCUUUCCCUGCCAGGAGUGUCCAAAGACCUUUUUAGCAGCGAGUGAGCUGAAGGCCCACAAUCUCACCCACCACACCGUGGAGCCCCCGUUCGCCUGUCGCUACUGCGAUCGUCGCUACUUCUCCGUGGUGGGCAGGAAGAAGCACGAGCGUGUCCACACCAACGAGCGGCCCUUUGUGUGCGAGCAGUGCGGCAAGGCGUUCACCAGGACCUGCAUCCUGAAGGCCCACAUGGCGUCCCACCAAGUUGUGAGGAAGUAUAGUUGCGAUGUCUGCGAUCGUUGGUUCAGCCUGAAGAAACACCUGGCCACCCACUACAUCUCCAAUACCCACAAGCGCAAUGCUGAAGCCGUCACUUCUUCGUCGGAGUACAUGUCCAUGCUGAGUUAUGAAUCCGAUGAAACCUGGUCCCAAGCCACCUCACUGACCCCACUGACCAUUUCCGUUGACGAAGAUCUGGUGCAGACGCAGUUCGACAUUUUGUGCCAGGAAGCUUAAUUCAGCUCAAGCUGCCAUAUGAUUUAUUAAUAUACCAAAAACAAAAAACAUAUUUAGGUAAGAGCUAAUCCACAAAGACUUAACAGCAGCUAAAACCUCAAAAGACAAUAUCAAGUAUGGGUCUAAAAAUGUGGAUCAAAUUUGGAAAUUCCUUUAAAUCAAGCAACAGUAAGACAGCUUCGGAAAAUAUAUAGCUUUUUAUAGUUCGUAGUUUUUCAAA